AUGCUCUUAAAAUCUCUAGAAAGCAAGCCAACAUCUCUCAGAGCAUUUGUACAAUCCGACAGUCAAUUUACAGAAAAAGUAAACGACAUUUUUGUGACAUUGAGAUGGAACCAACCUGAAUUUACCGAUGAAAUAAUACAGGGAUACACAGUGCAAUGUUUUUUCAUCGAGGACUUAAAAGAGAUUCAAAUCUGCGAUGAUAAAAAUAUCACAACUAUAAAAUUGGAGCACACGGUGCACAAUUUAACAUCUAACACGACAUAUUAUUUUCGAGUACGUGCGCAUACUAAAAUUGUUGCUGGUCCUUACACGGAUUUAAUCAAUGUGUCGACUACGCAUGAAAAUCCAAUACCUAAAUUAUUACUCGCAACGCGUCUAGGUAUGGAAAUAUUGGACGUGGAUUUAAACGUUACUAAUUUCGUAACGUCAGAAUCAGUAACACAUGCCGCUUAUUGGAUACAGGAACAUAUAUUUUAUUGGCUAACACCUAGGGUAAAUGACCUAAUGACAUUGAAGAUUAAUGAAAAUAAUAUCACAAAAAUAGCUAGCUUUGAUAAAUAUCCAUAUAAUCUUUGCAUUGACUGGGUAGCAAGAAAUCUAUAUUUCACGUAUGAUGAGUAUGAUGAUGAGACAGCCUACUUUUAUAUUGUAAAGUUCGACUUAACAAUGUGGGAAAAUGGCAUAAUUAAAUUUGAUGAGAUUUUCAAAUCAAAAAAUUAUAUUCGCCGUUUAAGUGUAUCACCGUCUAUGGGAAUUUUAUAUACCCUAUUUUACAAUUGGACAAGUACAAAAUAUCGUAUGAUGAAGUAUCAUCUGGAUGGAAAAAUCGAACAAAUUGUUCAGAUAAAUGUAUGCCUAUUUGAUUAUAUUACAGAUCCUUUUCAUAAUAUGAUAAUUGAUAACAUGAAUAAUGAGGUGCCAUUAAUUUACUGGUUAAAUAAUGAUUACACAUUUGUGACAGACAUUAACAUUUCUAUGUGCAAUACGAUUUUAUACAAGGAAAACAUAAGUGAUACCUCCAGUUUCGAAUCUAUGACGAUUGACAAAAGAAACAUUUACAUUUUAACAAGUGAUUAUUGGGAUAAAUUUUCUCUCUAUGUUUUGAAAAAGAAAUAUGCAAGUCUCAAGAGCGUAAAUGCAGCCGAAUAUGUUGAAAAGAUAAUAAUAAGCUCAUAUAAAUUUGUUCGUGAAAUUCACGCUUUUGAUAAAUCUCUACAACCAUAUCCUCCAAUGAGAUGCCUGACACCUGACGAGAAAGUUUAUAAUUUUGAGAAUGUGAAUACAACAACAAACAGCAUUAUUGUGAAUCUUCCGAAGCCGGUUGUAAAGAGUGGAUGCAAAAAAUAUAAUUUACCAACUACUAUAUAUACUAUCUCCGUAAGCUUAGACAACAAUCUCAACAAGUCGGAGAAAUUCAAUGUGCUACGAUAUGUGACAUUCGAGCGAUAUUACGAGAUUCAAAACUUAACACCAUGUACAGAGUACCAGUUGAAGUUUACUUUAAGCAAUUUUUACUUUGAUCAAUUAUCAAUAAAUCCAUUUGAUUCGAAUGUGAUACCAAUAAAAACUAAUUCCGGUAAGUUUGAUGCACCAGAAAACAUAAGUGUUUUAGUUUUGACGCCUACUAUAGCAGUAGUUCAUUGGAUGCCACUCAAGAAAGAGAAACUGCGUGGCCGUGACAUACGAAGUGCGUUGGAAGUUACAUUAGUGAACGGCACGCAACACAAGAGCAAACAAUUUAUCAAUGUACCGAAACGUAUGGCAGACGGCAGAUUUUUCACAAAGAUUAACUUGUCGCUACCAGUACAAAAUUACUUGAUAUACGUGCGUGUAUAUUCAAAUAAUUUCAGCGAUUUCUACAACGGGAGUUUAAACAACUUCGUUCAUAUAUAUUCAGAAUUAAACAAUAUUACUUUGAGCGAGGUCAACAUAAAUAGCAUGAACAUUUCGUGGAUCUCAAACAUUAAUCUGAUGAUCUUUUGUAUACUAGAGUACAAAGAUAUUGUAGCAGAGUGGCAAACAAUGAAUUAUAUUAAAAUGAAUUAUAACAGUGAAGUAAUAUACAAUGUCGAAAAUUUACAAUCAGGAACUUUAUACAAGUUUCGCUUGAUAUUGAAAUACCUCGAAUACGAGGAAAAUUUUAUAUGGCUGGCUGAUGAAAGAUUUACUUUUUCAACACGUGGUAGCAAACGUGAUAAGCAAAUGAAAAUAUCUAUACAGUACAAUAAGAUUGCAGAUAUAUUAAAGAAUAAUUUUAUUGAAUCAUUGCAAUAUUGCAAAUCUUGGAAUGGAGGGGAACUUAAUUUUCGCGAGGUCGGUUCUAUUCCGAGCACUCCUGGAAUAAUAGAGACAGAAUAUUACUUAUUGUUCAUAUUAAGUUUUAUCGUUAUAGUUACUACAAUCUGCAUCUGCUACUUUUAUUAUUUAUAUCGUCAACGCAGAGAUAAUAAUGAACAAUUUUUGUCUUCAACAACGGCCGAUGUAGAAUUGGCGAUUCUACAUGAAGUACCUUGCCGACACACUCAAGUCAAUAUGAUUUACAGUCCUAUGUCUAUAUUACAUUAUAACCCGGAUGAAUAUGCGAUAACUAAAAUCGCACGAAAUCAAAUUACACUCACAAAACAUCUUGGUAGCGGCGCAUUCGGAAUGGUGUAUCGAGGAAAGGUGAAGGAUUUAGAAAAAUCGGGCAUAGAGAUGUCCGUUGCAAUAAAAACGCUUCGAAAAGAUGCUACUUCCCUUGAGAAAGAGAAAUUCUUAAAGGAAGCCAAGCUUAUGAAUCAUUUUCAACACAAACAUAUAUUAAGAUUGUUGGCCGUUUGUUUAGAUGGAGAUUCUCCGUUACUAGUGUUGGAAUUGAUGGAAACUGGAGAUCUGUUAAAAUAUUUGAGAGAAUGUCGAAAUUUGCAAGCGUCAGAUUCGCUUGCUCUGCGUUUGCAAGAUUUGCUCGCCAUGUGCGAAGAUGUUGCGCGAGGUUGUUGCUACUUGGAAGAGUUGCGUUUCGUACAUAGAGAUCUAGCGUGUCGCAAUUGUUUAGUAUCUUCGAAGACUCGAGAGAAUCGUGUCAUCAAAAUUGGAGACUUUGGACUAGCUAGAGAUAUCUACAAAGAUGAUUAUUAUCGCGUGAAAGGAGAAACUUUGCUUCCUAUUCGCUGGAUGGCACUCGAAUCUUUGAUAAUGGGAAUAUUUACUUCUCAAAGCGAUGUUUGGUCAUUUGGAAUAUUAAUGUGGGAAAUUACAUCGUUGGGUGAGCAACCUUAUAGUGCCAAGACUAAUGAAGAAGUGAUAAAUUAUGUACGUGCUGGAGGCAGGUUGCCGAUGACUCUUAACUGUCCGUCACCGUUGUACCAGUUGAUGCUACGUUGCUGGAGUGCAGCGGAUGCGAGACCAAAUUUCAAAUUUUGUCUAGAAAAUAUUACAGCAUUAAGAAAGAACAUGGAAGAUGCCUUACUGAGUCCAGUCGAUACUAUUUAGCCGAUAUAAUUAAAUUAAUAAUUAUCUUA